UCUCUCAGCCCCUCUCCCUGCUCCUAGCAAACCCAUCCGGACCAGAGUAUACCAGCCAGCAGCAUGGCUACGAAAUGUGGGACGUGCGGACCUGGCUACUCUAGCCCUAUGGAGGCCAUGAAAGGACCCCGGGAGGAGAUUAUCUACCUGCCCUGUAUUUACCGAAACACGGGCACUGAAGCCCCAGAUUACCUGGCCACCGUGGAUGUUAACCCCAAGUCUCCCCAAUACUGCCAGGUUAUCCACCGGCUGCCCAUGCCCAACCUGAAGGACGAGCUGCAUCACUCAGGAUGGAACACCUGCAGCAGCUGCUUCGGUGACAGCACCAAGUCGCGCACCAAGCUGGUGCUGCCCGGUCUCAUCUCCUCCCGCAUCUACGUGGUAGAUGUGGGCUCAGAGCCCCGGGCACCAAAGCUACACAAGGUCAUCGAGCCCAAGGACAUCCACGCCAAGUGCGGACUGGCCUACCUCCACACCACCCACUGCCUGGCCAGUGGGGAGGUGAUGAUCAGCUCCCUGGGAGACCCCAAGGGCAAUGGCAAAGGGGGUUUCGUGUUGCUGGAUGGGGAGACAUUUGAGGUGAAGGGGACGUGGGAGCAGCCUGGGGGUGCUGCGCCGAUGGGCUACGACUUCUGGUACCAGCCUCGACACAACGUCAUGAUCAGCACCGAAUGGGCAGCUCCCAAUGUCUUUCAAGAUGGCUUCAACCCCGCUGACGUGGAGGCGGGGCUGUACGGGAGCCAGUUACAUGUGUGGGACUGGCAGCGCCGUGAGAUCGUGCAGACCCUGCCUCUGAAGGACGGGCUUAUUCCGCUGGAGACCCGCUUCCUGCACAACCCGGACGCGGCCCAGGGCUUCGUGGGCUGUGCCCUCAGCUCCAACAUCCAGCGCUUCUACAAGAACCAGGGAGGUACUUGGUCAGUGGAGAAGGUGAUCCAGGUGCCCCCCAAGAAAGUGAAGGGCUGGGUGCUGCCUGAGAUGCCAGGCCUGAUCACUGACAUCCUGCUGUCCCUGGAUGACCGCUUCCUCUACUUCAGCAACUGGCUGCAUGGAGACGUGCGUCAGUAUGACGUGUCGGACCCGCAGAGGCCCCGCCUCACUGGACAGAUCUUCCUCGGGGGCAGCAUUGUUAAGGGAGGCCCUGUGCAAGUGCUGGAGGACCAGGAACUAAAAUCCCAGCCAGAACCCUUGGUGGUCAAGGGGAAAUGUGUGGCUGGAGGCCCUCAGAUGAUCCAGCUUAGCCUGGACGGGAAGCGUGUCUAUGUCACCACAUCGCUGUACAGUGCCUGGGACAAACAGUUCUACCCCGAUCUCAUCAGGGAAGGCUCCGUGAUGCUGCAGAUCGAUGUAGACACAGUAAAUGGGGGGCUGAAGCUGAACCCCAACUUCCUGGUGGACUUUGGGAAGGAGCCCCUGGGUCCAGCCCUGGCCCACGAGCUCCGCUACCCUGGGGGUGACUGCACCUCUGACAUCUGGAUCUGAAGUCCACCACUCACAACCCAUGCCCCACAUUUGGACCCCUCACUUCCUCAGGGACCUGGCUUCACUCUGCUCUCUCUUGGCCCUUGGCAGCUUGUCCCACCAAAGCCAAACUGAGCCUGUUGAAACAUACUAAGCGAUAUCUCCAUUUACUGACCACUGCUGCUUCUUUCACUGCGCUGCUUUUACAUGAGCUCCUGGAAGCACCAAGAAAUAAACAGGUGAACCUAUUCCUU